AUGCUUGCGGUACUGAGGUUUACGUUGACUGAGGGUGACUUCCACCACCUGAAGAAUGCGCGGCUCACACACCUCCACAUCCCGCCGCUGGCCCUCAAGAUCGUCACCAUCCACGAGUGUGAGUCAUCCGAGAACAGCAUCGCCAUGACGACCCGCCCCGCCGCCAAGUCCAGCCUCUCCAUCUUCCAGCCGGCUUUGUGUGCCCGACGGCCAUUGUGUCCCCUGCCCCAGACAGCAUUGACCAGUCUGAGUGUCAGCCCCAGCUCAGCCCUCCCUGGGGACACCCUUAACUCGGUGGUGGACACCAGCUUCAGUGAGAGUCCCCUGGCACCGGGUCCCAAGGAGCCCAGCAGCAGCAGCAUUGAGGUGAUGGUGUCUGGCUCCAGGAAUGGGGGAAGUCCGUCUUUGAGUGAAGGGGCGUCGGUGACGUCUGUGACAGGUGCAUCUCCUGGCGCAGGGGUGGGGCAGGGGCCGGUGCUGCAGUUCUUCACCAAGCUGAGGCGCCAUGCCAGCCUGGAGGGAGCCAGCCCAUACUUCAAGAUCAAGAAGUGGAAACUAGACAGCAGCCAGCGGGCCUCCAGUCUGGACACCAGAGGGUCCCCUAAGAGGAGGCAGUUCCAGCGGCAGCGCGCUGCCAGCGAGAGCAUGGACCAGGAGGAUAGCGACGCCCACCACAUUGACCUCAUCCAGUACAUUGCCAGCACCCAGGACGCCACCUAUCACCCCUGCCGCCCCUCCGCCUCGGCCUGCCUCCUGCCCCACUCCUCCCCCUCCACGCCACCACCCUCCCUCGGCAGGUUAGAGGUGGAGGUGGUGGUGGAACCCAGCUGCAGCAGGGGCCAGAGGCUGGAGGUGAUCGGCUUGUCCCCGGAGCCCCAGGAUGAGGCAGCGAACCUGGGGGACUUUAGACAGGAAAGCUCGGCAUCAGACCACCAGGCCCUGUACAGAGACAUCUGGACGCUCCGGGCCUCCCUGGAGCAGUACGGCUCCUCAGACCAGAUCAACAACAACGACAGGGACUCUGUCCGCAGCGAUGCUGACAGUGUCUGCUCUCUGAGGGGGCAGACCAAGAGGGGGGGGCUGCCCAGUUACCUCUCCCAGGACAUCGGGGAUGGGCCCGAGGGGGAUGUGGAGCUGCCCAUGGAUGAAGGGAUGGGAGAGAAGGAGAAAGGGAGGAAGCAGGACAGUGUGGAGUCAGAGAGGGGCAGUGACGGGGAGUCAGGGAACCGUAAGUUAAUGCAGAUGGACAGUGGCUAUACGUCUAUAGAGGCUCCAUCACGGGCGCCAGAGGAGCUGAGACUGUUUGGCAGUAGUGGCAGCAGUGGCAAUAUAGACAGGUCGGCCCUGGAGAAGAGACACUACUUCACCAGUGCAGGGCGCACUGGCACGGUGGUCGAGAGCUUCGAAGCCCGCAUCUUCGAGGAAGAGCCAGACGAGGAGACGCCGACAGGUGCAAUGGGCGGCAUGACCAUAGAAACGGCGAGGUCUCCCCUGGGCUGGUCUCCGUACGGUCAGAUGUUCACCCCGCGAGAGGCGCAGCCGCAGCCGCACCCCCACCCUCCCUUAUCAAUUCACCACCGUGACUACAGCAUCGACGAGAAGACGGACGCGCUCUUCCAUGAGUUCCUCCGCCACGACCCCCAGUUUGACCAGCAGGAGACGCCGAAGAAACAUCGCUCACGCAUCCACCUCCGCAAGCAGUGGCAGCGCCACAAGCAGUACAGUGACCCAGGCGUUCGCUACCAGUACCACUCCUUUGAGAGGCAGCGGAACCCCCUCCGACGAGGCGAUAGCGUCAACUACCCGCUGGAUACAGGCUACCACAGCACGCUUCCACGCAUCAUCAGUGCGCCUGACGAGGAGGCCAGCGAGGGGACCCCCAGCACCCCCCAGACGCCCAAGGCUGAGGCGGUGGUGGCGGGAGGGGCAGAAGGUGCCGAGGUGGAGGAAGGAGACAGGAGAGAGAGUCCCAGCAGUAGCUGUGGCAGUAGCACCGUGACCAUCACAGACGACAAAGGGAUGGCGUCCUGUUCCCCUCCCCCUCCCCCUGUCCCGGAGAGAGAGGGUCUGCUAUGGGAGCAGUCCGAGGAGGACACUAGGCAGGCAGAACACCCCACUGAGCCACCUGACGAGCCCCCCCAGCCCCCUGACAAGGGCUACGGCCCACAGACCAUCACAGCCGAGCUGACGGACAAGCUGAGCGCCACCCUGGACGAGCGGCUGUACACGGGCCUGCGACGAACAAAGGACCCGGCGGCGGUGACUGAGUGUGUGGUGACAGUCACUCACGCCUCCCCCGACCACAGCCCAGUGUAGCAUGUCUCCAGUCCUCCUCCACUCCUCCCUGAUCUUUGUGUUUGAUUUGAUUUCAGUCUGCGCCAGGUAACUGCGAUGUCUCUGUAUCUGCGAUGUCUCUGUAUCUGUCUGAAUUAGCAUGUUCCAGACCCGUAACAUGAAAACAGGCUACACUAUACAGUAUCAUGUAGGCUAGCUGAAGAAUCCACCCCUAGAUAGUGUCUACAGUACCGUGGUGUCUCUGACUGCUAUGAUUCCUUUCUCCUCUGAGAGAAGUGACGAUGUUAAAGGGAAACGCCACUCAAACUAUCUUUUGGUAUUUUUUUUCAUUAGUCCACUGUUUAUACUGUACCAAAAUGUUUUGCAUG